UCAAAGCCACAGGCCUGCCACUCACAACUCACAACUCAGCAUGCCGGCUGCGUUAUCUGGUCAUCCUUCUCUGACGCCGCCGACGGUCUUGGGAUCGUACGGUUUGCCGCCUGGGCGAGCGGGUGACUCUCUACUCCAGACAUCGGCCGCUUCAUCGUCUCGCCUCUCUCAUGCUGCCAUUGGGGAGGCAGUCAAAAUCUCCUCCGGUACUGUUAGGAGGGCAAGAGGUCUCUUUGCGACAAUUGUGGCCGGCAAUGCCGUCACACUCUAUGAUGCCGCUAAUUUGACGCCAGUCCAAAGCUUCACCCUUUCCCCUACGGCACAGCCUUGCACACCUCCUCUCGUCACCCUUCAGUCCAUCAGCAAAACCGCAACUCUACGUACCACGUACGUCGGCGUCACUUCGUCCACAGGUCAGGGCUGCGAGUUGUGGGCAUGGUCAGAGCGCCUCGAGACAAGGGCAAAGCAAAGCGCUAGCGCCAACAAGGUCGUCGUUUCCCUUGCCGAGCCAGUAGCAUCGCUCCAUGCUCUAGCUUCAGGAGACAUCCUGGCACGGAAUUCGAACGGCCAAUUCGGCAUGAUCAGCAGGACAACUCCCCUCGAUGCUGAGCCUUCUCAGUUCGCCGUCUUUGCAUUGCAAGGCGAAGCCAUCCAAAGCCAAGCGUCGAGCUCCAGUCAUUCCGUGGUGCACUCUCUGUCCAUCCUGGACUCCGCCGCAGCCGCACAGAUGAUGGCCAAUGGCGGCAGCUUGGGCGAAAAUGCCGUUGCCGUCGUCGUCGCAGUCACGUCAGCCGGUCACAGCGAAGGCGCGAGCUCAAAUACAGCCAAGGAUGCAAAGAAAUCAAGGAGGAGAAAAUCAGCAAUGGAAGUUAUCGAUGCUGCAGAGAGCAGCAAGUCAAGUAGGGAUGCAAUCGCUCCUGUCGGUGAAUUGCUUAUUACCGCGAGCAUCAUCAGCAAGACAGACGCUGGCCAGGCGGUCAAAGAGCUUGGCACCGCCGCACUUGCUGGCCAGAGUGCCGCUUCGAUUAUCGACCUACACCUCUACCAUGACGGAAAGCUCUCCAUGUUGACAAGGCACGGCGAUAUCAAGCUCUGUCAACUCAGCAUCGGCGCCAGCGGCGUCUCCAUCACUCCGACACGGACCACGUUAUUGGCGCACAUUUCCCCCGCUCCCUUCCCCUCAAGACCUGCCGCCGUCAUCCGUCUCUCCUCCUCACAUCUUCUCAUCCUCCUCCAUGCAGUCAGCGGGCCAAGCUCAGGCAAGCUUGCGGCAUUGAUCUGGGACACAGAACUUGAUGCUGUGCUUGUCGCCUCUGACUUCCCCAUGCUGGCCGCUGCCGGGUUGACGGACGAUGAGCAACGCAUUGCGAUCAGUCUCGCUCGUGUCGGCGGGUCUCAGGUUGUGGUCAACGUCAGCUACUGGGGCCAUACGCCGACGCAGGAAGCGGUGUUGAGCGUCUUUUGGGCCUUGCCCUUCUUCAUUCCAGAGGGAAGCGUGCUGCGCCAUGCUCUUGGCAAGGGGCCGCUCACCAAAACCUGGCUACGUGAGACUGAGAGCGCUGCAAUGCCGGCGUCCAAGAAGGAGGAAGGCUCUGCUACAGGCCUCCUGCCUUCCCAGUCGGAUCUCCUGGUCAAGAUGCAGAAACUAUCUAGCCAGGUAAACGAGGCAGCAUACACCGAGAUGGACAUUCUCUUCACUGCCUGGCUGGCCGAAGAACAGGAACGCUUGCGUCUGGCGUGGGAGCAGGAACAGGCCAAGCGUGCGCAAGACGAGGCAGACGAGGCGGCUGCAGCGAACGGCGGAGCUGACGAGGACAGCGAAAGCGAAGGCGAGAAAGCUGCGGAUGAGGGCGGAGAGGCACAGCGCCAAGCUGCAUCGGCUAGUCGCAAGUCGAACCGCGAUUCACCGCCAAAGCCGCAGCUUUCCUAUUCAUUCGUCAAAGCGCUACUAGACGUGGCGCUGCCGCCUGCCAAGAGCGGAACGUCUUCGUCGUACGCACGCAAAAUCGUCUCCUACCUCGUCGAGCGUCGAACUCUCAGCUGCGGGAUGUUUACUGGGACAGAGCAGAGCCUGAUCGGGCGUCUGCGAGCACGCAAUGACUGGCAGCAGAUCGUUGCGGUCCUCCGUAUGGUAUCGGACGUGAGCGAGUCGGAGCUCGUUAGCCUCCUCAUCGAGGUGCUCAAGAGCCAAAGAGCCGGCAGCAAUGGCAGCGAGGGCGUUGAGGCCAAGCCGUCCCUGGAAAGCUUCCUCUCCCUCUUCCUGUCCCUGUCGGUCUCACGGCCCCUCCUCCGCAGCACCCUGCAUGGCCGCAUAACACAAGUCGACGAUGUGGUGUCCCUCAUCCAAGUGGUCACCACCUGGCUUCAAGAGAGAGCCGUCGAGCCGUUGGACCUGAAUGCCCUCCUCGUGGAAUUGCCUCAGUCAUCGUCAGGCAAGCUGAGCAAGAACCAGCGAAAGCGUCUAGGCAAGGAGGGCCGCGUCAAGGUGCCCGCAACCCCCGACUUGAUCCAGUUCGCCAUGGACCUGAUCGACGUCUACUUCCCGCUUCUACUCAACUCCCCCUCUUCCCUUCCUGCCUUGCGAGCCCUGGAGAAGCCCUUGGCCGUGCACCUCGGGACAUGCGAGCAGCUUUCCCUCCUUCGUGGGCCGCUCGACGCUUUUGCGAGGGUAGAAGCUGAUAGAAAGUUAGCCGCGGAGUAUGAGGCAACAGUGAGGCACGCCCAGCAGCAACAGCGUCAUCGUGAUCCCAGGAUCGCGAGGAGGGCCGCUGCAGAGGGCGGAGUGGAAGAGAAGAGUCAGACUGGUGGUGGAGCCACCGUGGCUGGGGCGAUGAAGAGUGCUAGAUUGCAGGCGCUCGAGAACAGUGCGCUUGUUGGGCCGUACAGUGUUGAGACGCUCGAAGUCUAAACCUGUGACAAUGCCAAUUGUACCUUCCGGAGCCUCGUCAUCACCAUAUUCAAUAAUAGUCGCGUCUUGAGUACCCAAAAAUAUCG